CGGUUACUUUAGCCAUACAAUAUGGCGUUCAUUGUUGCUGCUCUUCUUUGUGCUUUCUUAACCAUCAUUAAUGCUGAUGUGUUGCCGUUAUCUGUAAAAGAUAACCAGAUAUUGAUUGGUGGUGCACCAGGAAGUCUCUCUGGUAUGAGUCUUUUCUGGAGCAACGACGGCUGGGGUGGAGAAAAAUUCUACAACAAGAAAGUAGUAGAAUGGUUAAAGGAGGACUGGAAAGCUACGGUGGUACGCGCUGCUAUGGGAGUUGAAGACGGUGGUGGCUAUUUACAGGAUCCCCAGAACAACAAAGCAAGACUGAUGGCUGUGGUUGAUGCUGCGAUUGAAUUAGAUAUGUAUGUCAUUAUCGAUUGGCAUUCUCAUUAUGCUCACCAACAUACCGCUGAUGCUAUUGCCUUUUUCGAAGAAAUGGCAAGGACUUAUGGUGGUAAAAGUAACGUAAUAUAUGAACUCUGGAAUGAGCCGAAGAACGAUGUCUCAUGGAAGGACAACGUGAAGCCUUAUGCUGAAGCCGUAAUUAAGGCAAUCCGAGCUAUUGAUACCACAAACCUGAUUUUAGUCGGCUCACCCACCUGGUCUCAGGAUGUUGACCAAGCUGCUUCUGACCCAAUUACUGGCUACGAAAAUAUUGCUUAUACUCUACAUUUCUACGCAGGAACCCAUGGCCAAGGUUUGAGGGAUAAGACAAUGUAUGCACUUAACAAUAAUGUUGCUGUGUUUGUGUCCGAAUGGGGUACCGUUAAUGCAGAUGGCAAUGGUGGUGUUAAUGCAAAGGAAACUAAUACCUGGGUUGAAUUUAUGAAAGCUAAUCACCUGAGCAACUGCAACUGGAGUCUUAACGAUAAGCCCGAAGGUGCUUCUGCUUUGAAACCGGGAGUGAGUGCUGAUGGAGGCUGGUCUGAAUCAGAUCUCACUGAGUCAGGAAAAUUCGUACGAGAAAUGAUCAGAAACUGGUAUAACUGAAAUGAGAUUUAC